AUGAUAGCCGAUCAGCACGUUUUGGAAGCGUUCGAAGGAAUCGACAAGAACCUUGAGCUUUCCUUCCAGCAGUCCGCUUUAGUUCAGGAAGAUCGGGUUCCGUCUUCCAGGAAAUAUCAGUUACAAGAAUUACAAGAACAACUGUGGCUCGUGCAAAAUGAGGUAUCUCAAUUGAAGGAAAGUUUAACUCAUAGUAAGAAGCCUCGUCCAGUGAACUUCUCAACGCUGGAAAAAGUACUUCACAAGCUUCAGGAACAUAACGAAGAUACCCCUAGCGAUUUCGUUUCUGUGUCUAGCGACAUCGAGGGAUCCGUUCGCACGGCAAUAGAUCAAUACAUUUCGGUAUGCUUGUAUUAUUGCGUGGUCCAAAAAUCUCUGCAAGAAUUGCCUGUAGUGUCUGAUACAGCAAGAUAUUUCGAAGAUGUCUACGAUACAACACGCUGGUCGUUGCUUUAUGCUCUACAGGUAUUGCCCAAAAGAUUAAGUGAUUUUAUCAGGAAAGCUUACGUCAGCGGUAACACACGUGACCUAAAGGUUAUGGGUCAACGUGGGUAUGAGUAUCUACUGCGACAGGCCGAUCGAAUGGUUAUGGUCCAUAACUUCCAGCUGGUGGGGCUUCCCAAAGAUGCCAGGAAAAUUGCCCGUUCGAUUUUGUCGCUUCCGCUCGCCGCUGUCCGCGAAGAAUUGCAAAGCAAUCAUACCGCUACAGAUACGCUAUUCAGCGAUGCCACAAGAAACUUGGGAAGACUCAUUGGACAAUUUCCUCAUACAAAUGAUGUAGAUGAGCGGACAAAACUGUUAGCUUCGUUUCUGGGAAGCCGUCAAAAGCUCGGUCUUGAAAAUGCACCAUAUGGUUCAGAAAGAAUACUUUCGAGCCUAAUUCCCAAGGCAAUGGGAUAUUUGGGAACCGCUACCUACGUCAAGAGACCUAACUUCUGGACUCGUUAUUGGCCGACAUUUUUUGCCGUGCUCGCCUACGGGCCAGCAUCUGCCAUCGCAUUAUGGAAGUCUCGUUACAGAAUUGCUCAAUUUUGUCAAGAGAACGUGGUAGAUUUUUGUGCCGGCCUUGUCCACAACUGGAUAUGGGAACCCUUAAAGCAGGUUUGGAGUACGGUUCGUCAUGAUGAGAAAAACUCCACCAUUGCCAUUGCUUCGAAGGGCUCUUUGGAUUCGGAGUUUAGUUCCUUAACCAGGAUGGUGGUUCAGCUUGUAGCAGAAAACUCAAGCGAGUCCGUCGACCCCAACGCUCUCGUGGCGCAGGUCCAAGCUGGUAAUCUCACAGAAUUCAUGCAAAUUUAUGAGAACCAACUACAUCACCCUAUUAAGAACAUUCUGUCCGGGAAAUUGGUUCGCUCUCUACUAAUCCAGGUUCAGAAAACAAAAGUAGAUGGUUCAUUAGCGUUGAGUGGAAUUGAUCAGUUGCUGCAGUCACAACAAUUGGUGUUCGGAGUCGUUGCUAUGUCACCUGCUGUGUUAAUUUUAUACACGCUGUGGACUUUUACUUACCGGCUAGCUAAAUUGGGACGUUUGUGGUCGAACGCAGCGCAAUUUAGACUCAAGCUUUCCUCGAGCCUUGACAACAUUGAAAGACUUUUGAACUACAAUCAACACGAUGUCAAUGUCACAGACAAAGAUUUAAACACCGGCCUGUUAGCAUUGGAGGUGGUUUCUGCUCGAACGUAUGGUGAUCGCUUGAUACCAAAAAACCGCAGGACAGAAUGGGUAAGAGACGUUAGCGAACUGGUGGAUACAAACUUGAGUUCUACUGCACGACUAAACGUGAUGAACAGAAUAUACCAUGUUUACGGUCGAUUUUUGACCUAA